GCUAAGUGUCGUACAUGAAUGUAGAGAAGCCAUUUGUCUGGAAAAAAAGAUUUAUUACCUCUGAACUUUUUUGCUUCGUUCGUGUCCAAUUUUUAAAAGAGGAAUAUUUGUGCAAAAUGUCAUCUUUAACAGUACUUUUUGUUGUCGGACUGUGUGGAAAAUUGUGUUUCUGCUUGAAUCUGACGAACCAUGGGAAUGAAAUUGCACACCUGAAACAGCUUGUUCAACAGCUGAAUACUAGUCUUCAUCAAAUGGUCGCUGAAAACCGUAAAACGGCAACUAACAACAGAAAUGAGAUUAAUCAACUGAAAAACGAAACAAGUCAUCUGAAAUCAAAUUUCAACACACAAAGUCAAGGUCCAAUUGCUUUCACGGCGGCAUUAACGCUUAAUACGGAAUAUUUGGCUGGGAACACGGUUGUUUUUGAUAAAAUAAUUCUGAAUCUUGGAAACGCUUACCAUGAAAGUUAUGGACACUUCACAGCUCCAGUACGGG